AAACAUAUUUUAUACGCUAAAAAAACUAUAAAAUAACUUAGAAAAUGUCCGCAAAAGAUUAUUAUGAUACUAAAGAUGUAAAUAAUCAAAGUUAUCCUCCUCCGCCACCACCACAAUAUCCUCCACAAUAUCCUCCUCAAUCAUAUUAUUCUCCUAAUGGAGGUCCUCCUCCUUCUCAAUAUCCUCCUGGUCCUCCUGGUCCUCAUUAUAAUGGUUAUUAUUCUCAACCGCAACCUGUUUAUGUUCAGCAACAAUCUUCUUCAAAUAAAGCUGCAACGGGUUGUCUUGCAUGUCUUGCUGCUUGUUGCGCUUGUUGCAUGCUUGAACAAUGUUUAUAUUAAACUUUAUUAUAUUAUAAAAAUUUCAGUAUAAAAAAAAGAUGAUAC